CAUAUAAAUUUAUAGUCUGGCUUUGUUUAAACUCAUCAAAAGCUUGCCCUUCUUUUUAUGAUUGAGAGCUGGUAUGUCGACUAAGACUAAAACCCUAAGUAGUAGUUCUGGAGAAGACGAUGGCGAGCUUAGGAGAGGGCCAUGGACUCUUGAAGAAGACUCUCUUCUUAUUCAGUACAUAGCUCGUCACGGCGAAGGCCGAUGGAACUUGCUAGCCAAACGUUCAGGAUUAAGGAGAACUGGCAAAAGUUGCAGAUUGAGAUGGUUGAAUUAUCUGAAACCCGACGUUAAGCGAGGAAAUCUUAGUCCGGAAGAACAGCUCUUGAUUCUUGACCUCCACUCAAAAAUGGGAAACAGGUGGUCGAAAAUCGCGCAAUAUUUACCGGGAAGAACAGACAAUGAAAUCAAGAACUACUGGAGAACACGGGUGCAGAAACAAGCCCGGCAUCUCCGAAUCGACACGAGCAGCGUAGAGUUUCAAAACAUGAUAAGGUGCUAUUGGAUGCCAAGGUUGCAGCAGAAGAUAGGAGGAGAAAUAUCGACUUCUUCAGCUGUGUUAAACCAAAACCAUACCAUUUCGCAGCCUCUCGAACAGAACACCUUCCCACAUUUUACAGCCACAAUAUCGCCGCCACCACAAAUUCUAGUGCAGGAAGAAAUUAAUAUGAGUGCAACAAUGUACAAUUUAGAUGUCGAAAAGCAGAACACAAAGGCAGAGUACUGCACAGGUCCAUACAUUUUUCCUUCAGAGCCAAUGGACAUGUCGAAGACUGUGCAGUUUCCGGAAUGCCCUCCUUUCCAUUGCGGUGACAACAAUGGCUAUGACACGGAAUCCUUCAAUCUGCAGGAAACUGUGUCAGCGGACUCAGCACCAAAUUUUCCAGGAAAUUGUGCCAGCGAUUGCUACGUGGCAGAAACCAACUGGUUUGACAGUGAUUUGUUAUGUAGCAUAUGGAACACGGACGAAAUGUAGCAAAGUAGGAGCUUAUGACUUAUUUGUUAGAGAGGGGGAGAGAGAGAGGUUGAGGGUCUUAUUUUUUAGACAACCCUUUAGCAACUUAUGACUUUUUGAUACAAAUUAGUAUGUAGAUCAUUCCAUCCAGUGUUAAGCAUUUGUAAAUUUUCUACCCAACACACAAAAUUGUGCAAGUUGUUGAUUUGAACUUUCUUUUUUUAUGAAAAAAGCGUCAAUGCUAAAAUAAUAUAGUUAUCAGACAAACACUAA